CUUGAAUCUGAGCCUUAAUAUCAUGUUCAGCGGACUUAUGUCCCACGACAGAGGCAGGCGUGUGGCCCAGAUGAGCGUGGCCGAAUAUCGCUAACCCAUGAUGUGCGGCAUGCAGCAGAUCGAAGAAUUGGUCAUAGAAGCCAAUGAGACCGGGAUUCCCUUGCACCAUCUUGGCGUUCAUUGUCGAUGAACUUCAGACGGUGGCGGGGGAGCCAUGCACACCUGGGAUGAACAGCAGUACAGCCUUCGUUACUUGUGAGCUGUUGCGCCAGAAACAAUGUGCGACCCCGAGAGGACCGUGAUCGAAUACUAGAUUCUGCCCCUCCAUUCGGAGGAAGGGAGGGAUGUCGCUCCCAGGCAACGGGACAUAAUCAGGCAUAGACGGUGCCAGUCGGAAAAGAGAACAGGCCACAGUGGUAAGUACCAGUUGGUGAACACAGGAAGCCUGAUCAAAGUUGGCAUCACUGUAGGCGGACGUCUGACAGCCCAAGACCGCCUCCUCCACUCGCAUGUCGCGAGCAUCUCCUUUUCCAAAUCGCCGCAUUCGUUCACCCUCACAGUCCAACGGCUCCGUUCCACCGUUACCAUCGGCAAAUGGAACUCGACCACUCCAAGUAGCACGCCCUCCCUCACGGCCCACCACGCCUAACAACGGCGGUAGUGGCGUGCCCAUGUCUGGCUCUCCUCGUGGACUUCCCAAUCUUGUUCAGGGAGGCCCCUCUCGACCUCAGCGAUCAGAAUUGAGAAGUCGUGGCUCAGAAUACUCGGGCUCACAGAGAGACAGUAUUGCAACGGACUUCUCUUCAUCGUCUCGCACGCGCCCCAAUGGCUCCAGCUCCAAUGGAGGGACUCCAGGAGCUCGGCCUCGACCACCUCGCGUAAGGGGUGGACCCGCUGAGGAUGAAGAGAAGUCUCCAACGUCGUUGACCUCGGUGAUGGCUGCAUUCCAAUCUGCCGGGACGCGCCGACGUCAGAUGACGAACGGAAGUGAAGAUUUCGACUAUCAGCGCGAUAGGCAGGAAGAGAUCGAAGCGGAGAAUGCGAGGCAGCAGAGGAUACGAGACAGGGCGCCUGGUCGGAAGUUGGGCAAGGCGCGUGCCGGUGAUAUCGAUGCUGUUCUUGAUCGAGUGAAAGACGGAUGGGAAUUUGUCGUUGAUCCAGACUUCAAUAGCGUGGAUCUAGCUUUGGAACUACUGGAUGAAACGUCAGUGGGAAAAGACAUGGACUCUUUCCGGAGAACCAAGAAUAUGCUAUCGCAGGCUCUGAAGGGAUCGGUGGACAAACAUUAUCAGGCCUUUGCCGCUUCUCUGCCUCAUCAUGCAUCGCUUUUGAAUCACUUAAGCGCAACACAAACUCAGAUAUCGGAAGCGAGGACGUCGUUACAGGAAUCAAAAGACGCAUUGGGGAGCAAGAGAGCUGAUCUUGUGCAGUUAUGGGCACGAGGGCAGACUUUGGAAGAAAUGAUGCGGCUUUUGGAUCAGAUGUAUAAGCGUGAACAUCUGAAAACGGUACCCGACCUCUUAGAAACUCUGAUGUCGGAGAAACGCCUGCUUCAAGCCUCUGUAUUGCUUGUCCGUAGUCUCAAGAUCAUCAACAAGCCGGACAUGCUGGAAAUCGGCGCAGUGUCGGACCUACGAAGCUAUCUCAAUGCACAAGAGACGGCACGAUUCCAGGCGUUGCGGGAGAUUCUUCUCGACGAGUUGCAGAGCCAUAUCUAUCUGAAAUCUUUCUGGUGCGAGUCGCGAUGGGCUGCUUACACACCGAACCAGGAAGCCUUCCUCAAGGUAGAAUUCGAGGAUGAAUUGGAGCUCAAAAUGCCUGCCGCAUCACCGUCUGAGCAAACAUUCCGUCAAUCGCGUUUGACACGAUUCUUGAACGAACUCGCGCUGCGACCCAAUGAUCCACCUCACGACUUGAAUGAUCCUGGCUUGAAGACCAGCAAUGCUGAGACGCUCAUGAGCGGAUCUGCGAUGACCAAUCCUGAAUCAGAUUCAUUUGCCUAUAUGGAAACGCUUCUGGAAUCGUUCGCUGUGCUCGGCAAGUUGGGGAAUGCACUGGACAACAUCUCCCAGCGCCUGACCAGCGAGACCUUCAGUCUCGUGGAGGCAACCAUCGAGGAAGUCGAAGAAAGAGCUGAAUUUGGUCGGCGAGGUUCCAUUGCUGGAUUAUCUGGUGUAUCAGGGCGUCUGGAUGGUGUUUACACCUUCGUUUCCGUUGACUCUACUGCGCUUUCCAAACUGCCCAGUGCCAAUGCCUCCGCGUCGUCUCUUCGUUUGGUUGCCCUGGAGUCUUACAACAAGAAAGUCGAUCACGAGAUCCUUCGUGACUUAUUCUGGACCCUCUACUCCAAGUUGGAUGCCGUGGCACAGAGUCUACGCGUCAUCUCCGAGGUUGCCAAUCGCAUCGGUUCGCGCCGGGAUUUCAAAGAUUCCUCGGGAGCAAAACCAGGAGCGCUUUUCUCUUUGUCUGAAGUCUGGCACCCGGUACAAGCGGAGGUCCGCACCUUGAUUUAUGACUACCUGAUAGACGAGAGCCAAGGAUCUGUCUCAGGCCGGAACCCGAUUUCUUCGAUCAACGAGAUUCUGCGCGAAAACAAAUUCUCCCGAGAUAAAACCAAAGCUGUCUUCCGUUUUGUCGACACCGAUGUCAAGAUGACUGCCAAGGUCCUCAAGUCUCAUGAGGAUGAACUGACUCGCGUUAUCAAGGACACGAUGCCUGGGCUGGUCCAGUCGUCGGAAAGUGCAGUGCAGGCUGCUGUCUCGACUUUGGGUUCCGAUGACCGACUGUUGGGAGCCGGCCAGCAUCAUCGGCUUGUCAUCCGUCCAGAUGCUUUCCACGUCAGCGUUCUGUUCCAGCCGACGCUGGCUUUCCUGGAGCGUGUCUCGGACGUGCUUCCAUCGAGCGUCGAAUCAGUCCGCGACUCCUCCACCAUAUUGGACGAAUUCGUGCUCAAAGUCUACCUGCCUCAGUUGGAAGAGAAAGUGUCCUUCCUGUUCCAUCAGGCUGUCACAGGGUCCGACGCGUUCUUGCCCGAUCCUCUUUCGUCUAGAUUGAGCCGAGAGCCUCUGGUUAAGGCAUGUGCUAGCACAAACUUGAUGGCUCUCAUCAAUUCCUUGUGUGCUACAGUCAUGAAGUCGCCGUUCCAUCGAGAGAGUUACUCCCGCUUGAUCCUCGGUGUUUUGAUCCAGUUCUAUCAGAGAUGCAGCGACCGCUUUCAGUAUCUGGUCUCUGUGCCGAAUCCACAAUCAGCAGACGCUGAACUGCAGCCUGGACUCGCAGCUCAAUGGGCUCAACGCUCUGAACUGACGCCUUGUUUAACAGAGCUGAUGACCACGGAGGAAAGUGAUACUCUGAAACAAAAACAACUUUGUCGUCAAGAGACCAAUCUCGAGCUCGACUUUCUAGGCGAGCAGAUCGUCCAACAAUCAGAUCUAAUCGUGUCCGUCCGCAACCUCACAUCCUUGGCAAACCUUCACCGCAGUAUCUCAUGGUUCGCCUCCGAACUUCAGCUACUCAGACCUUCGCUGGAAGAGAACCCACAAUCGCCAUCCCAGCUUGAACCCUCUUUCGCUAUGUCCCCGGUCACUCCCUUACUCCCUGUCUUGCCUCCUCCGUCAGACACAUUACAUCUCCCCUUGUCUCGAGAAAUGAGCCUGCGGUUCCAAGCCCUUCUCAAGACAUACGAACAGCUUGCUGAACUCAUUCUGGACACAAUGCGAAUAGAUAUCCGAUGCCGAGCGAUGCACUACCUCGAGUCUGCUCUGCGAUAUGGCAAUUACUCGAUUGACCGAGAAGCUGGCGAACCUGACCCAUAUGUCAUCGAUCUCAACAACGAGCUCAGCGAAUGCAGCGUGUUUGUCUCGUCCCUACCCGCUAAGGAACGACAAUUCGUUUUCGUGGGUCUGCGUAAUCUGAUGGAGGAGACGCUGAUUGCCGGAGCGCGUCAUCUGCGGAAGCCAACUCCCUUUGGCAUACAAAAGAUGAUGCGAAACAUUCUUGCCUUGCAGCAGAGUGUGCGAGCACUGGGCGCCGAAGAACAGCACACCGAGUUCCAACGCGCCAAGCGCUACUUCUCUUUGUUCAGUCUCACCCCACAAGAGAUGUUGGAUGGGAUACGGAAGAAACAAGAAUUCAGCUUCGACGAAUAUCAGCUUAUGCUGAAUCUGCAGUGCGGUGUCUACGAAGACGGCAACGGAGAGGGUGCUAAAGCGGCAGAUAGAAGUUACAGCAUGUAUUUGAUAGAUCUCCAUGGACUGGAGAUGGAAAACGGCGAUUGAUGAAGCUAGCAUUAUUUAUUAUUUUUGGAUUUUGUAUCAGCGUCCACCCAUUCCAGACUGCUUUCAUCGAUCAGUGGCCGGCGCUCUGCUCCCAGCCGUUCGGGCGAAAGAGACACCGAAUAAGUGGACUUCUCUCCCACUGAAUUUGCGGAAAGGACAGGGAGACGGUCCAGUAAGCUCUGGUAUCGUCGGCGUAGCCAGCGAGGAGGAUGAAUGGGUUGAGGUCCUUCAGGCUCCGGCUCCGGCGUCAUCCAAGGUGCACGAGCCAUGUCCACGACGUCUUGAAAUAUAUUCGAGCCCUGGAAUGGGAGAGACCGCACACCCGUUCUAACACACGCCUGCGUAGAAAUUUCCUGGUUAACAACCACUUGGAGGGGCGGUCGAACCUUCUGCGCUUCCUGCGCGAAGAAUCGCUUCCGGAUAUUGACCUCCCGGCGUUUACUGAAUGGGCCCCGCAGUCGCGCUUCCUCCGAUUCCGGAUUGGCUCGCUCCGGAAGUUUGGGGGGAGUUUUCAAUUUGUCAGAGUUGACGGCGCCGCCUUUUUUGGACAGGGUGGAAGUUAUCAGAGCUCGAAGUUCGCCAGAAUAUACAGGAGGCCGCGACGAUUCCUCCGCGGGAAUAAUUCUGGGUGGUAACUUGGCGAAUGGGUCUGUGAGAAGCGGCUAGUUGCCGUGCAGGUUAUUGACUCAGUAGGAAGGUAGAGCGGUAUAUGCUGGUUGGUACACACCUCCAUCAGCUCCCGUCUCAACUUGCCCUUCCGACCGUAUGCCAAAUCCAGAACGUGGUCGAAAGCCUUCGAGUCGCGUUUAUUGGCUUUCUCAAGUUUGCGUAGAUCCUGGAAGAGGAAAUUAAUAUGAUAAAAGAGUUAGAGAGUAGGAGUAACCUGUGAUAGCCGUUUGCACUUCCUGGCCCGGAUGUGAUCUAGCAAGUCCGUUUUGAAAAUGGCACGAACAUCGUCGCCAGCCUUGACCUUCCAGAAAUAACUGACAAGCAGUACUGGUGGGGCAGUUUUCUCGUCUCGCGCAAAACUGCUCGAUAGACAGAGAAAACUACAUGACGGUUGAUGGAGAUCAUCGGCCGGCCCGAUACUUGCCGAAAUCUCACUCACAACUGUCACAUCACGCGUCGUGACUUCACGCGUUCUGCUCAGCCGACUGUCUGAAUCCGAGUCUUCAUCACUACUUACACGAUGCUAAGUUCAAC